CAGCCCGUCCAAACAGGAAAAGUUUUGAAUUGGAGGGGUGGGGGGGUUAUAAAAAAAGGCUGGCUUUUCCUCGCCCAUCGGAGCUGCAAGGCGGGGGGGGCCUGUCCUCCCCUUCCCCUUUUCCCCCCCUCCUCCCCCUUUCCCCAUUGGAGGGAGGGCGGGGGGGGUGCAGGAAGGAAGCCCCGGGUGGGCGGCCCGUUUGCCCCCGCCGGGCGCCGCCUCCAAGCCGGCCUCACUCUCCCUCUCUUUCGGCCAUGGCUCGGCCGGAGCUCCCUUGGCUGGCCGCCUUCCUGCGCGAUUUCCCGGGCCCCGUGGGCCCCGCUGAGCCGCCGCCCUUUAGCGCUUCCACCGCUUUGCUCCGCCCGGAAGAAGCGGCGGCCGAAUGGGCCGAAGCGGCUCGCGGGUUCCUGGGCAGGAGGGGUGCACCUCCUCUUCUUGCAGCCUCCUUAAUUCACGCCACAGUCAGCGGGAUUCUGCAAAGUGACCUCGGCGAUUUUAAAAAGCAGAACAUCGACCAGGAUGAAGCUGGUGAGAGCGGAGCCUUGUUGGAAGCCGCUCCUUUGCAGCGCCAUUUCUUUAACAAACUCCUGGAGACUUGUGGCAAAUGGCAGAAAGAGCUUCCCGCCCUGAAGCCGUCGAAGCGCAACCUUCAGAUUUCGAUCCACACAACCCGUAAUACUCGACGGAAGAUGGAGGAUAGACAUGUCUCCCUGCCGGAAUUUAACCAACUGUUUGGCCUGGAGGAUGGCGUUGAUCGGGCCUACUUUGCUGUCUACGAUGGUCACGGAGGGAUCGAGGCCGCUAAUUAUGCUGCUGCCCAUUUGCAUGCCAACUUGGCGCAUCACGAGAAACUUCUGGAAAGCCCAGCGGAAGCACUGAGAGAUUCCUUCCAGAAGACGGACGAGAUGUUUCUCUCGAGAGCCAGGAGAGAGAAGCUUCGGAGCGGCACCACAGGGGUGUCUUGUUUCCUGGUUGACGACAAACUACACAUAGCGUGGCUUGGCGACUCGCAAGUGAUGCUGGUCCAGCAGGGAAAAGUUGUAACUCUGAUGGAACCUCACAAACCAGAACGAGAGGACGAACGACAACGCAUAGAAGAUUUGGGAGGCUGCAUAACAUACAUGGACUGUUGGCGUGUAAACGGCACCUUGGCUGUUUCCAGAGCAAUUGGGGAUCUCCUGCAAAAACCUUACAUUUCUGGCUGUGCGGAUGGCGCGUCGUUUGAGCUGAAGGGGACAGAAGAUUACGUCCUCCUCGCCUGCGACGGCUUCUUCGAUGCCAUCCAGCCAGUCGAGGUGGUGGACCACGUCUUGGAACACUUAACGCAAAACCACGGAGACGGCCUUCGGACUGCGGAGAAGCUGGUGGCCGCAGCGAAAGAGAGCGGUUCUACCGACAACAUCACCGUCCUGGUCCUCUUUCUACGCGAGCCCAAAGACAUCGUGGCCGACUGUCUCAGAGACCCCAAAACCAGCCUUGGGGAUGAGGGCGCACCGGGUGCCUUCUUCAGCUUCUUCAGCUCUGGAGCAAACAACUGAAAGACCAUCCACCUUAAAAGCAGCAGCUGCCAAAUCCCAUUGUCCAGAUGUCAACAAGUUCUUAAGAUCAGCUCUUUUAUGUCGGACAAUGAAAUAUGGCGCCUGGAAUAGAUUUGACAUUGAAAAAGAAAAUCCAUCCAGCUGUUCUUUAGCCCAGGGCCAUGCAUAGGGUGGUAUAACGUCAAACUCUACAGCUGGAGAAAAAGGAUGGGACGGAAACUCCAACUUUCUCUUGAAGCCCUCAUCAGGAGAAGAAAAGGCGGACUUCUUGCCGGCUUGCUUUUCCAUGGAGAAAGGAUGGGGUUUGAGCAGAGAAGGUGUCGCUCGAUCAGACUGAAGUGAUAAUACAGCUGAAACAUUUCGUAAAAAAAAAAAAGGUUUAGAUGGGCUGGUGGUUGAAGGCCUUGUUUCUUGAGAAGUUCCAAUGUGUCUUUGCAUCUUCUGCUUGGUUUCCUGCCUCCGCAGGGGGUUGGACUAGAAGACCUCCAAGGUCCCUUCCUACUCUUUAUUUCGUUGUCUCGGACGAGAGCCAAAAAGUAUGUUUUAAUCGAAGUGGUGUCGUUGGAAGCCGCUUAAAUUCGCCUUGGGCUGGAAGGGGGCUGCAUUGGAGGGGUCUUUUGGAAAGGAUCCCACUGAAUAAGCUAUGGCUUAUUUGCGCAAAGAAAUUCAGUAUUAAGUUCAGAAUUGGGAUGCCUGGUUCUGCGUUUUGUGUUUGUGCUUUUGUAUACCAAAGAAAACUAGCCAAGAAUGUCAGCUACGAGAUUUAAGAAAGCGAAGUAGAUAAGCGAUAAGAAUCUACUGCUCCUCUUCCUUGUCCUCAAUUAUUUAAUAUGUCAAACCUGUGUCAAACUCAUUAUAUGGUCAUACAGUAUCCUUAAGCUAAGCUGAGUUAACCUAAAUUGCAGAUAAAUUGCCAUGCAUGGUUUUUUUUUUCGUGUGUGUGUGUAAUUGUCAUGUGUCAUUUUAAAAAAUUUAACUCUUUUAUUAUUUCUCCGUUCUUUUUUUUAACAAAAAAAAUUAUCCCAGAGGGUUUAUUUAAUCAGAUUUUUAGAUGUGCACGUUUACUGUUGUUUUAUCACUGGUAUUUUGACAUGGGCAGCUGUCAUUCAUCUGCUGAUGGAGACGUAAGAAUACAGGCAGCUCUCGACUUAAAUGACCACAACGAAAUCAAAAAUUCCUGUUGCUAAACGAGACAUUUGUGAAAUGAGCUCUGCCCCAUUUUACGAACCUUUCUUACCGCAGUCGUUAAGUGAACCGCUGCAGUUAAGUUGGGGACACGGUUGUGAAGUUUGCUUGUCGGAAGGUCGCAAAAAGGGAAUCACACCAUCAUAAGUAUGAGUCAGCUGCCAAGCAUCUUGAAUUUUGACCAAACGAUCUUGGAGAUGCUGCAACGGUUAUUAGUGUGGAAAACGGUCGUAAGUCCCUUUUUUCAGUUGUAACUUUCAACGGCCACUAAGUGAAUUGUUGUAAGUCGAGGACGACCUGUGUGUUCUAUUUCAUCUUUAUCCGAGUUUUAUUUCAGACACUUAAAAAGCUGCUCAAAUUCUCGAGGCCUUUUUAUAAAGGUAUUUCCCUUUUAAGUGUUUUAUAAAUGCUUUCCCUUUGUUAAAUGGUGAGUGGAAAUGACUGUAAAUUUAUUCAAAACACAAGAGGCUUCGGAUUAAGUGAAACAAUCUGGUGUUUCUUUUAAUCGGGGGCUGUUACAUUUUUUUGAGACUUAAAGUCGAAACGGUGCUCGAUGGGUUUCAACUUGAAUCUGACGAUAAAAGAAAAAAAAAUCUUGGUUAGAAAGAAC